AUGACUGAAACCAGGGCAUCCAUAAGAAGUUUGGAGACACAAAUAGGUCAAUUGGCUCAAUUGUUUUCUAGUAGACAACAAGGAAAUUUGCCUAGUUCCACAGAGGUAAAUCCUAAAGAACAGUGUAAUGCAAUAUCCUUGAGGAGUGGGACUGAGUAUGAAGGACCUAUAGUAGAUGAUAAGAAGAAGAAGACAACAGAUAAGCAAGUUACAAGUCCAAUUCAAGAGGAUGUUACCGAAGACCUUCCAAAACCAGAAAAACCAAAAUACUUUAAGCAUAUGCCAAAAAUACCAUAUCCUCAACGGUUUCGAAAGGCUAAUCUUGACAAACAAUUUUCUAAAUUUUUGGAUAUCUUUAGAAAACUACACAUUAAUAUCCAUUUUGCAGAGGCUUUAGAACAAAUGCCAAUUUAUGUGAAGUUUAUGAAAGAAAUUUUGUCAAGGAAGCGGAAAUUAGAGGAUUAUGAGACAGUUACAUUAACUGAAGAGUGCAACACAAUACUGCAGAAUAAACUACCUCCAAAACUUAAAGACCCUGGUAGUUUCAAUAUCUCAUGUUCUAUAGGGGGUUUAGUGUAA